AUGGCCAUAAUUCAAGCGUCAUAUGUAUCGAAAAAUGACCGCCUCUCACAGAGAUCAGCAACAGAUGAAUUUCCAACUGCCAAACGACGAAACUGGAGUGAGGUGGCCGGCAGUGGGAUUGAGACCCCGAAUCUAGGACCCGUCGAUCGGACCUCCAUUCUGGAGCACCUUAUUUCAAAUGUGCGCCUCGAAAUGAGCGAAAGAUAUUCCUCGGUGCUCGAGGAGUACAACAUUGCUAAAAUACUCGAAGACAGCUUGAGUCCAGCUGACCCAGAAACGAAAAAAGAAGCCGGAAUCUACCUUCACAUUCUAUGGAGAGAAGAUGAAACGACGAAACGAUUUUGGCUUUACGUCGGACAAGCAUGUGUGCUGUGUCUGAGAAUCGAGAAACACAAAGAUCCCCGGCACCGUUCGAAGAAUAUGGGACUGCACUACUCGGUGUGGGGCUCUGCCGUUGAUAUGAAAUCAGCCUUUGUCACUCUGGCCAUCCUCGAUCCCCCAUCUUCCACUCAGACGCAGCUAGUUCUCAACCUAGCAGAGAUGCUCCUGGUUGCCAAAGAACACAAACGCUAUGUGGUCGGGUAA